UAACAAGUAACAGUUUUAGUUUUGAGGUUAUGUUAUGUUAUCACCGGUAAUUGUACUCAUUUAAAACCAUUUUUAGGUCCAGAUUUGUGUAUUUGCAAUGGUUUUUGUUCAUUAAAAGUGAAAAAUGUAUCAAGACAAGAUCGAAGAACUCCAAAACUACUUCAAAACCCAUUGCAAAAUAAAAGAGUACUCGGGGCACUCUUCCAAAGUGCAUUCAGUGGGUUGGAGCUGCGAUGGUAAACGUCUGGCUUCGGGUUCGUUCGAUAAAUCCGURUGUAUCUACACCUUGGACAGGGACCGUUUGAACAAGGAAAUAACUUUUAAGGGCCAUGGGGGCUCAGUAGACCAGUUAUGUUGGCACCAAUCCCAUCCCGACUUACUAAGUACAGCAAGUGGUGACAAAUCUGUUCGAAUUUGGGACACUCGAAUCCAGAAAUGCGUUGCAACAAUCAACACAAAAGGGGAGAAUAUCAACAUUACGUGGUCCCCAAACGGCAAUGCAAUCGCAGUGGGGAAUAAAGAGGAUUUGGUGACUUUUAUCGACGCGAGAAGUCAUAAAAUUGAGGCUGAGGAACAGUUCAAUUUUGAGGUGAAUGAGAUCUCGUGGAAUAACACAAGCGACUUGUUUUUUUUGACAAAUGGYCAAGGUUGUGUCCAUAUUUUGAGUUAUCCUGAGCUGAAAAGACAGCAUAUUUUGAAGGCGCAUCCAGGGACUUGUAUUUGUAUUGAGUUUGACCCCACUGGGAAGUAUUUUGCGACUGGGAGUGCUGAUGCUUUGGUUUCCUUGUGGGAUAUUAAUGAGUUGGCGUGUCAGAGGGUGUUUACAAGAAUGGAUUGGCCCGUGAGGACUAUUUCGUUUAGUUAUGAUGGUCAAUUGUUGGCUUCAGCGUCAGAGGAUUUAAUCAUUGAUAUUGGUUUUGUUGAAACGGGUGAUAAAAUUGCCGAUAUUUCAGUGGAAGCGGCCACUUUUACAGUGGCUUGGCACCCMUCUAUGUARUUUUUGGCAUAUGCUUGUGACGAUAAAGACGCCUAUGACCGGAAACGGGAUGCUGGGAGUUUGAAAGUUUGGGGUUUUCCUUCCGACUGAAAUUAUAUUCUGUUCUGUUGUAUAUUUUUAAUAAAUAAGACUUGAUCACUUAA